UCUCAUCACCAUUUUUGGAACAUAAAAAUGUUGACUAGAAAGUUAACUUCCACUACUUUUAUUUAUAUUGUUGUAUUAUUUACUUUAUCUCAUCAAGAUCAUGCAAAUGGUACAUUACAUGGAAGUACAAAAAAGAUGGUCCAUGAAGCCAAUAAAAAUGGACCUUAUUUAGGUUUGGUCAUUCCCAACUUGUUUGAAAUGAAUCCUCUACUCAACAAUCCUCAUUAUAAGCCCAGCAAGCUCAUUAUCGACUAUGCAGGAAGAAGGUUUCGGUUUGGAAAAAUUUACAAAAAGCCGGUGAUUUUGGUUAUGAGCGGAAUGGGCUUGGUGAAUGCGGCAGUCGCGACACAACUGUUGUUGAGUUUGUUUGAGAUAGAAGGUGUGAUACAUUAUGGAAUAGCAGGGAAUGCAAACCCAAAUCUAAAUAUUGGAGACGUGACUAUUGCUGAGUAUUGGUCUCACUCUGCUAUGUGGAAUUGGCAGAGGUAUGGAGACGGGCCUGAAAAUGCGUUGCCAUUCGAAGGAGAAGGUGGAUUUACAAGGGAUAUUGGGUACUUGAAAUUUGGAGCAUAUUCAUCAUCAUCCGAAGAAGAAACUAAGGAUGACAACAACUUGUUGAACAAUGUGUGGUACCAAGCAGAAGAAGUUUAUCCAGUGGAUGGCACUCCAGAGCAAACUCAACAAGCAUUUUGGAUCCCAGUUGACUCCAAUUAUUUCUCUCUCUCGAAAAAACUUGAGAAUCUAAAACUGGAGGGUUGCAUCAAUGCCACAACAUGUUUAUCUACCCCGCCAAAGGUCACCACGGUGCAAAGAGGCACAAGUGCGAAUAUCUAUCUAGACAAUGCAGCCUAUCGAGGCUUUUUAUACAACAAGUUCAACGUUAGCCCCGUAGAAAUGGAAAGCGCCGGAGUAUCUCUUAUUUGCUAUCAACAAAAAGUGCCACAUAUCACUUUUCGGGCUCUUUCAGACCUAGCUGGUGGUGGCUCAGCGAGUUCAAACGAGGCUGAUACGUUCUCAGGCCUAAGUGUCGAGAACUCUGUAAUAGUGAUGGUGGAGUUUGUUAAAUUGUUGGCGGGUUACAAUCGAAAAUUGUUAAGCUAUGUUUAGUAGAAGAAUUUCAGUAGCAAUUGAAUUGUCAAAUUGUUGGAAAAACAAGACAUGAUAACAUCUUACAUGCUAUUUUCUGUCUAUCU